UCUAAAUAAACUCAGUCAAAAUUAUGAAGUCAUUGCUAGUGUUAGUUCUUUUGUUGGGCAUUUGUCUUGCUUAUGAUGUUCCUGAGGCCACCGUUAAAGUGCUUUAUCCAAAAGGAUUUGAGGUCUCAUUACCUGCAGAACCAGGCACUACUCUCUUUGCUUUUCAUGGCAAGCUAAAUGCUCCAAUGAGCUAUCUAAGUGAUCAAACAUGGGCUGUUGAUGUAGUUGAGCCUCGCAAUGGACGUUGGAUCUAUCGGAAUUCAAUUUUUAAACUAAAUCCCGGUGAUGUGCUGUACUAUUGGACGACUGUUAGGUAUCAUGGUUUGGACUAUCACAAUUACAAUAGACGUUUUGUUGUACCACAAGAAGAUGGACGACGCAUCGAUGACCAAACGAAUGAUGGCUCAAAUCAUUUCAUAAAUAUAAGAGGAUCCGGUACACUUCACAUUAGAUGUUUGGCUUAACAUUAAUUAAUUGAAUUAUAGUCACACUUUUUUUUCCUCUUGUAAAUGUUCUGAAUUUCGAUUUUUG